AAUCUGCCGGCGAACGAAUCGUACGUAGUCGUUCCAAUCAUAUUGGCAAAAAAUGUCCAUUAAUUGUUUGCGUUUUGCUCGGUUUGCACAUCGUCUGCCCGCUGCUCGCCGCAUAUUUGCCGUACAGCAACAGCAAGAACAAUUGCUCUUUAAAUCGAGAAACUUCGCUUGUUUAUCAGCUGAAGCUGUCAAAAACUUUAAUUAUAACACAAGAACUGCUGUCGGACCGGCUAAUUUAAGUAAUUGUACAAGUAAACGAUCAUUUUUUGGCAAGAAAAAAAUGUCGCUGAAAAGUUUCGCAGAACACGAAGUUGUGCCCGAUGUCAUAAAUGUGGCACCCAGCGAAUUAGUGAGCGUUAAGUAUGAUAGCGGUGUAGAGGUUAAGGAAGGCAAUGUUUUGACACCGACCCAGGUGAAAGAUCAACCCAAACUUAGCUGGAAUGCUGAUCCCAAUGCCUUCUACACGGUUUGCAUGACCGAUCCAGAUGCACCCAGCCGCAAGGAGGCCACAUACCGCGAAUGGCAUCACUGGUUGGUUGGUAAUGUACCUGGCAGCGACAUUAGUGCCGGUGAAGUUUUGUCUGCCUACAUCGGUUCGGGACCACCACAAGGAACCGGUUUGCAUCGUUAUAUUUUCCUGAUUUACAAACAAGAAGGCAAGUUGACAUUCGACGAAAAACGCCUACCCAACAAUAGUGGAGAUGGUCGUGGCUGCUUUAAGAUUGCCUCAUUUGCUGAGAAAUACAAGUUGGGCAACCCUGUAGCCGGUAAUUUCUACCAAGCUGAAUGGGAUGAUUAUGUGCCCAAAUUGUACGAGCAAUUGGGAGCUUAAGUGGUUGGUGUCUCUGAAGAAGAGGUUUAAUAAAAAGAUGAAGAAAUUUAUUACAUAAUCUUAAUGAAACUGAGUUUCAUCAAAGGAAUUAUAUGCAUAUUUACAGAUACGAAACUGAAAAAUGAAAUACAUUGCCUAAAACAAAUAAAAUUUGAUUGAAGUGAAA